AUGGGCAUGGGCGGAAGCGUGGACGACGUCUGGGAGAAACUGAAGGCAUCGUCAGCACCCUCGCAGCACGCGCUGAAGGCCAAGCGGCUUCUGAGAGGGGCGCACGCGGGCGAGUCAACGUCGCGGCAUGGGGCUCAAUCCUCGCGAUCGUCGAGCCAAGGGACGGGCAGAGGGCCCACUGCGGCGCACGGGGACGGCUCACUGGAGGCCUUCUCCGCGCCUUCCACCUCUGAUUCAACCUCCGAGCCGACCCCCGACCCCGAGCUUGAGAGCCCGAGCCCGGCGAGCUAUGCGGAUCUGGAAGAUCUCGCACGUGGACUGGCGCGCGAUCUAAACUCGCUGGCCGACACGCAGGCGCCCGCGUCGACGCGCCUGAGGAGCCUGAGGGUGCUCCGAGGGGUCAUCGACACCAUCGACGCGAGUCUUCUGCGUGAGGCAUCCCUCGAUUCCUUCGCUAAGCCGCUCCUUCGUCGCUUCGAGGACGCGUCCGAGCAGUGCCGCGAGGAGGCUGCGGAGGCGUUUGCCGCGCUGACAAGACGGAUGGAGUCCGCGAUGGACUUGCUGCCGUACGCCAUGGCGGUGCUGAGGGUACGCCUGGGUCCCGCGGUUCCUGACGGCAAGGAUCCGAAGGAGCCCAGCGAGGAGGUACGGGCCAAGCUCCACGCCGUGCUGGUGAGCCUGUUGACCAAGGGGGAGGACGAGUGCGUGUCGUGCGCACCAGAGGCGGUGGACAUCCUCGAGUUUGCGGUGGAGGACUCGCACGCUGAUGUGGCGUUGCUGGCGUGCGAGUCCCUGGAGACUCUCGUGCACAACCUGGGCAGGAAGCUGGCGCCCGUGAGCAAGAAUCUGGCGUGGAUGUUCUUCCCGAACCUGACGCACAGGCGCGCGAAGGUGAGGGUCGCGACGCUUCGCGCCGUGAGGGGGUUGAUGCACUGCGGAGCGCACGAGACCAUCCUCGAUCUGGUGGCGUUUCAGCACCCGAACCUGGUGCCCGUCAAGGCGUUCUACGGGGAAGAUCAGAAGGUGAACUACUUCGGCAAGCUCGCGACGGACGGCAGCGUGCAGGUGCGGUGUGAGUUUGUGAGGGUGAUUGGUGAUUGGAUGACCACGCUGAUUGAGCGACUCGACCACGAAUCGCGGCUGCUCCCUUACGUCAUCUCCGCGCUCACGGACGAGGCUGAGUUGGUGCAGAAGGAGGCUAUGGACCUGAUGGACCGUCUCGGGAUCCAAUACGAGAAGGAGCACGAGAAGGAUCUGAAGCAGACGAUGUAUUACAUGCCCGAGGCGUUCGGCGAGGACAUCUACGGCGUCGGUGAGGACGCGCUGACGCUGCCGCCGCCGUUCACCCGACGACCGCGGCUGGGAUCCCGCAUCCUGGUAAAAAACAACUUCACGUCCGUGGUCAACCCGGUGAUCGGUGAGAUGUCCAGCUGGCAGAUCGAGUUGAGGGCCAAGGCGGCCGUGCUGCUUCGCACCAUGCUGGUGUACCUCGAAGACAACGCGACGCAGCACGUGCACCACCUCUGCAUGGCUUUCAUCUCCGCGAGUAGGGACGACGCCGUGGGGCGUCAGGUCAGGGAUUGCUGCAAGCUCAUAGGAAGGUUCGUGCGGCCGGGUGACUGGAUGGGUACGCUGCUCGAGAAGGUGCGGGGUUCGGGGUUUACCGACACCGCGUCCAGGGUCGGGGCGCUGGCGGUGCUCACCGGGUGCCUCUCGGGUGCGGCCAAAGAAGCGAUGGAGGAGCUCGACGAGGAGGGGGGCGAACGUUCAAACUGCGACGACGUGCUGGAGGCACUCGAGGAUCGAUCCGUCUCGGGGUCCUCGGACACCAAACUUCGAAUCCAGCUGUGCAAACUUGUCGCGGCGUGCGCAAGGGAGAAACCCGCCACGUGGCGAUCCCGUGCGAGUCGACUGUGCGCCCUGGCGAUUCGAGCGGGUGGCGGCGAGAUCGGACGGCUCGACGGGUCGGCGGCGCACAUGGAAUCCGCCGUCGCGGAACUGGCCGCCGCGUGCGGACUCGCCUCGGGCGCGGACCUGAUUGGGUCGAUUCGCUCUGAGCUCGUCGCGCCCCUUCGAUUGCUUCCGGCGAGGGGCUGGCGCGCCGCAGACGCCGCCGUGCUCGCGGCUGCGGCGGAGGCUCCGGGCACGUGCACACCCGCGGACGCCGCGGAUCUCGUGCGAUUAUCCUCGCUGGUGGCUGAGGGUCCAGCCGCGAAGGGCGUGCGCUCGCGACUCCUCGCGUUUCCCUUUGUUUCCCGCGGGCGACUCUCCGCACCGCUCGAGGACGGGGACGUGCAGCUCCUGCUCGGCGCUGCGCUGCCCCCGGUGGCGGCCGACCCCGGCGGCUCGUUCACUGUCGCGGCGCUGGCCGCCGCGGCCGCGGUGCUCGAACCGGUCAACUCGAGCGACGCCGCCGCGCGAGAAGCCGCGUCCCUCGUCGCGUGUCACGUCGCUUCCAUCCUCGGAUCGGAGGCGGCGCCGGCAAACGUUCGAGCGGACGCGGCGCGUGUCUUGGAGAUUCUCGCCGGGCGUCGGGGCGCGAUGGAACCGCGCGAUGUGGUGGCUUCCGCGUUACCCGAGCUUCGAUCCCGGCUCGACGAUCCGAACGCCGGCCUUACCACGCCGUCAGAGCCGCGCUUCAGCCGCACCUGGUCGAUGCCGGCGACGCGGCGGCGCGAGAUGUCACUCGGGCGGCGAUCGUGUCGCAUCCGGCCGCGAGCUUUGCUGCCGUGCACGCGAGCGAACUGUCAUCAGAGGCUUUGA